GAGGGCAAUCCGGCAAAUAAGGCUUAGCAGAACGGCCAAUAAAUUUCGCUCCUAGGCAAAUUCACUUUUUACCAUUUCUGCCCGUUUUUUGCCCGGUCACCAACUCUCAUCCAGUAUGAGUACUAAUGAUCCCAUGCCCCAGAUCUGUCUGGAGGCAUCGAGGAAAGCCGGCAUUCCUUCGCUAGCAACUAGUGCAUCUUACGAAGAUAGGGUGCGCAGCGGUAAUGCCUUUUCGUCGACCUUCCUUCGGUAUCUAGGAGGGGAGCACCUACUUCCAUACUUCUUGAGAUUUAUGUGUCCGCACCCAGUACUGGUUCCCGACACUUUCAUGGCCAAUCUGAAGGAGUUCCAUGUCGCACUUACUGCUGCCUUGACAAAUAUCGUGCAAAGAUGGGUAAUAGAUGAGGAGGCGGACUUACCGUCGCGGAUGCCUCUGGAACCACAUGAGGAGGACAUUCUCAGGUGGAUACACAAAAUCACUGAAGACAAGCUAUUCCCCGCGUAUGACGGUCGUCAAGGCAAUUGGCGACCAGACUUCUUGCUUCCAGCCAACGAAACAGGCGGGUUCAGAGUUUGCGAAAUCAAUGCUCGGUUCACAUCCAACGGGCUGGAUUUGAACGCGCGGGUGAAUAGGGCCAUGGAUAAUUCGGAAAACAAGCCCCCUUAUCUUGAUGUGGAAGGCAACCCAGACCAUAUGAUGGACCGACUCAAAGCUCUGUUUCAUCCGGGAUGGCCUCUUCGAUUUGUCCACAAUAGAGAACACAACCCGAUGAUCGAGGCUCUGAUGAGAGACUUAGGGAAUAUGAAGCCGCGCCUGCUGACGCCGGAUGAUCUACAUCUUGUGGCUGACAAAACCUCGCCGACAGGGUAUAGACUACAGUGCGUGAGAGAGCCAGGCUCGUCGGCCGACCAUGACAAUGAAACCGUGGAGGAUAUUCACCAAGUAGCGCUCCGGCUGUUUCUUGACGAGCUCGCCGCACUUCCUCCGGAAAUGCAGCGGCAGCUGGCGUUCCUGAGCUGCAAUGACAUCCGGUCCAUGCUAUUAAUUCACGACAAGCGAAUCCUUGGGAUUCUGCUCCAGGAAUUGAAUGACCUAGUCGUGAAGCACAAUGUCUUGACUUCCCGACAGGCUGACCUGCUCCGGAAAGGCGUUGUCUUCACCAUCAUCCCCGGAUCGAAGGAGCUAGAUCAGCUCAUUGAUUCGUACUAUAAAGGCAAGGUAUCCAAGAAAGACUUUAUUCUGAAACCUAUUCGAUCUGGUCGGGGGGAAGGGAUUCUCCUCGGUGGAGAUCUGAGUACAGUCAAGUGGGAGGCAAUCCUCUCCGACAUGAAGAGCGCCGCGUUGGCCCCUAGUCGAGCGCAGUAUAUCAUCCAGCCGUUUGUGGAACAGCUUGAAGCGGAUACGUUCUUAGAUGAGGAAGCUGGGGUUCAGCGGACUCGCCGUGUUGGCACGUAUCACAGUAUGCAUGGACAGUUUGUGUCAUUGGGGGUGUGGAGAGUUGGGAUCUCAAAGAGUCGAACGAUCAAUAUGACUACGGGCGGUGCUUGGAAAUUGGGUAGUAUGGUAAGAAAAAUGAACUAGAUAGGUUAGUUCUGCAGGAGCGAGGUAUGCAAUACUGAAAUUCCUUCUUUGGGUCAGUUUUGAUAAGCAGCAAGGACGAUGUUAGCUGCUUGCUUUGUGACUGACACAGCAUCAGUACAGAGUGUGUGUGUAUGUGUGUGUGUGUGUGUGUGUGUGUAUUCAUACCCUGGCCCCUCGCCUAGGCGAUAUGCAGGAUACCACUAUCUAGUCCUUGUAUGUGUCUAUGUACAGUGAACCAUUACUUUCCGACGAAUUUAGGGCUCUGUCAUGGCCUGUGGUGGCCAAUGCCUGGU